CGCAAUGCUUCUUUGGCUUUUCUUUGCCAUGCGUUUUUCGGCAGUACAACAGGUCGAUCGGAGCGCAUUUUCCAGUCAUUCUGCAGUCAUAAAGUAAAUAUUGUCUCAGUACAGUUGCGAAAAGUACUUGAAAAAUGCAGGUGUCAAGUGCGAACGACGUGAAGAUAUACAACCUUAGCGCGGGCCGAUCGCUGCCAGAAUGGCUGUCGGACCGCAAGAAGCGCAUGCUGGCGAAGAAAAACGCGGAAAUACGGCAUCGCAUCGAGCUCAUCCAGGACUUGGAAAUGCCUGUCGUGAGUACCAACGUCGCCAUGUCGCGCGACGGCCAGUUCGUAAUGGUAACUGGCACCUACAAGCCACGCGUUCGCUGCUACGAAGUGUCGCAGCUGUCCAUGAAGUUCGAGCGCUGCUUCGACUCCGACGUCGUCACCUUCGACAUACUGAGCGACGACUACGCAAAGAUGGUGUUCCUACACUGUGACCGUUACGUCGAGUUCCACGCCGCAUACGGGCGCUACCACCGGGUGAGAAUUCCCAAGUUUGGCCGUGACAUGGCCUACUUGCCGGCGUCUUGCGAGCUCUACUUCGGCUGCGACGGCGCUGAAGUGUACCGGCUGAGCUUGGACCAAGGUCGCUUCAUGAAUCCCAUCACGACCGAGGCGACGGCUGUGAAUGUGUGUUGCGUCAACAGUUACCACAAUCUCGUUUGCCUGGGCACCCAAGAAGGCAAAGUGGAGGCCUUCGAUCCCAGAUCGAGGUCGCGAGUGGGCAUCCUCGAGUGCGCUCUCAACAGCGUCACCGAGGACACGGAAGUCGAUGGAAUGCCGUCGGUGACUGCGCUCACUUUCAAGGACUCCCUGACGCUGGGCGUCGGUACGGCGACGGGUCAGGUCCUGUUGUUCGACAUUCGCUCCGACAAGCCGCUGCUCGUGAAGGACCACCUGUACGGCUUGCCCGUCAAGAAGGUGGCCUUCCAUUCGGACGCCAACGUCGUUAUGAGCAUGGACUCGAAGGUGCUCAAGCUGUGGAACCCCACUUCGGGAAAGGCCUUCACGUCAGUCACGCCGGGCGUCGACUUGAACGACCUGUGCCUCGUGGGGAACUCUGGCUUGUUCUUUAUGGCGAACGAAGGCAAAAAAGUGCUGUCCUAUUACAUUCCGAGUCUGGGUCCCGCACCUCGCUGGUGCUCCUUCCUGGACAACCUGACCGAGGAGCUGGAGGAGACGCAUCAGGACACCGUGUACGACGACUACAAGUUCGUCACCCACAAGGAGCUCGAGAAUCUCGGCUUGGGCCACCUGGUGGGCACUAACCUCCUGCGAGCAUACAUGCAUGGCUACUUCCUCGACAUAAGACUCUACCACAAGGCAAAGGCAUUGGUGCAACCGUUUGCGUACGACGAGUACCGCAAGAGAAAGAUCAGAGACACCGUUGAAGCUGCGCGGAAGAACCGUGUCGAGAGCAAACUCAAGUUGCCAACGGUCAACAGGGAACUGGCGAAGAAGCUGCAAGAAGCAGUUGCAGCUCCAAGAAAGGCGCCGAAGACGACCCUCUUGGAGGACACACGCUUUAAAGCUAUAUUUGAAAACCCAGACUUCGAGGUUGACCCUGGCAGCGAAGAGUACAGACUGUUGAACCCACUCGUGAAGAGUCUGGACAAACGGCAAAAGAAUAAGGUGGCCGAGAGCGGCAUCAUGGAGCUGCUCGAUCCAGUCGAACAGAACGGCAGCUCUAGCGAAGAGGAGAGCUCGGACGAUGACAGAACGUGGACGAGAGAGGUGAAGAAAGAACACCGGAAGAUAAGGCAAGAAGCAAGAUCGACACCGGGAGUGCCCAAGAUGUACGAACUGAAGAGUGGCGUUGAGCUCCAUGGCGGAGUCCUUUCUGGAAAGACUGAAAGUGUGGCCACUGUGAAGAAGGCAGCACAGAAGCUGACUCUUGCUCAGAGACUGGAAAGAGAUAACGUGGGUACAGCAGUGGGUGCGGGUGGGAACAGGAUGAUGACGUUUGAAUCGAGGAGAACAAAAGUUGAGCGGGACCGGGAAGAGAAAGUGAAGGCACACAUGGCUGAGCGAAGGGAGGUUAGGCGUUCCACAAAAGGAUUGAAAAUGACAAGACUGCCUUGACGUUUGCCCUGUCUUGUAAAUAAUAAAGUGA